CCAGACCUGUUUAAUGAUUGCUGAAUGGCAUGGGUAAAAUACCGGAAAAUGGAAGUCCAGACUUAACAAGACAGGAAAAAUUCACAUUGGAUUUGAAAAAUGACUUGAUUUCUGUCUCAGGAGGAGAACAUUAUGUUAAUGUCACUCAUGCCCUUCCUCAUUUUUACAGUCCAGACAUUUUUCUCCAGCUGGGGCAAGAUGGAGAUGUUGAGCCUGUAUUACAAGACACGAACAGACCAGUAGGAUUAAUUCUGAAGCCACCAGAAGGUAAACAUAGCAUUUGUGUGAUGGUCUGUGGACAGUCCUGUUACUCUUAUGAAAGCAAUCAUCCAUUAGGCUUAACUAUGAUGAAAAAGCGACAGUUACAGAAACUAGGAUAUUACGUAGUCCAGAUCCCUUGGUUUGAAUACUACAAGCAGCCAAAAAGACAAACACUGAAAUAUUUGCAUCAGAAAAUAUUUUUUACAGGUAAAAUUGAACAUUUAGAAACAACUUAGUACAAAGUCAUUAUUGUAGUUGUGCAUGUAAAAAUAAAAAACUGAUUUAAUA